AUGUGGACUUACUAUCUCAUCGCGCAUCUCUUCCUGGUAAUCCAAAACUACGGCGCCUUAGCGAAUCAGGUGAAAACUACAAACUCGUCACACUCCGUCGCACCGUCUUCUAUCAGUGACAAUUUUCUCAAUAUGAUGCCGGUCAACGGCUCUGCUAGCUUGCGCUCUUUCGACGUGGCCCAGCUGACAGUGCCCAGUGCAUCAGUGACUGCUCAGGAAAGUCAAUUUUUGCUCUUGACACCGAACUACGCAAAGGUUGAGCUGCACCUCGGAGAUCUGCAUGGCUCCGGUGUGAUUCAGUUGACCAGCUCUUCCACAGUGCUUACUACAGGCAAUCCCGUCUUAGGAGUAGCCUCAGCUCCAUGUACUCCAACCAUCCAAAACAUACCAGAAUCAAUCCUUGUGAGCAUUCAAAGCAGCGCAGCUCGUUCUAAUAACACCGUAAGUCUGGCUGCAGUUCCCACACCUACGGGUCCCUCCAACAAUACCAACUUCAACAUCCCCCGUUUGUCAGCUUCAGCACAGCAAAGCAUGUCUGGUGAACUGAAAUGGAAACCCUUUGCUAGUCCUUAUUUCUCUGUAGUAGCUGCAGCAGUGUCGAUUCCUUUCGUCCUUUUGUUGUAG